GCGCGAUCAGGUCCAGCUGCUCCUGAGACAGAGGAGCCGACCGGGAAACGGAGGGCUCCGGUUCGAGCUCCGAGGACUUGCGCUUGUUCUGCAUGGUUGGGGGGAAUCGUGCGAAACGCAAAGCGGAUGGUGUAAAUAUUCUUCAAAUAAGUGCAAUGGAGAAGUUUGCGCAUAAAUGUACAUGCACCGAUGACGCUGAAAUAAGACCACUGAAGAAGUUGAAACGAGGGGAAGAAAAUGUCCAGGAAGAGUUAGCAGAUGCUGAGGAUGAGGAAUUUUCUGAUCCUGUCCCUUGGCGAAAAAUAGAAUCCGAAAAUCUCGACUGCGACUACGCUUUGCUCUUCACCAAGGAGGAAGCUGACCGACUUUUCCAAAAGCUGGAGGAGGAGGUGAUCUACUCCACAGGGGAAGAAGCAAAAGUGCAGGUGUUCGGAAAGGUGUACGACAUCCCCAGGAAACAGGCAACGUACGGCGAGAGAGGACUGACGUACACUUAUUCCGGAGUGACGCGUCUGGCCUGCCCGUGGACGCCCACCUUGGAAUACAUUCGCCGUUCUGUCGGCAAAAUAACGGGACACACGUUCAAUUUUGUCCUGGUCAACAGGUACAAAGACGGCCAGGACCACAUGGGUGAGCACCGGGAUGACGAGAAGGAGCUCGACCCCCUGUCGCCCAUCGCCUCGGUCUCGCUCGGCGCCGCGCGGGAUUUCGUUUUCCGCCACCGGGACGCGCGAGGGAAACGGAGUGCUCGGCGCGUCGAGCCCGUCAAGCUGGUGCUGGCCCACGGGAGUCUGCUCCUCAUGAACCCGCCCACCAACACCUUCUGGUACCACAGCCUCCCCGUUCGAAAGAAAGUCCUUCUGCCUCGCGUCAACCUCACGUUUCGACGCAUCCUGUCCACCGGCAACGCCACGUCCUUGACAUCUACUUAUUAAUUUCAGUUUUGGGUCACUUGUACCGGCACAAUUGCCGUAUCCUUCAAUUAAAGCACAGGUGUCAAACACUAAGGCUUGACGCCUGUCCUAAUGCUCACGACAGAACAUCCUCCAUCUUUCAUUGGAGGUCGUGUUCAUGUCAACACUCGCAGAAGUCUGAUUGAGUGACAGAAAUCUCACAAAUAUCACAAAUUUGAAAUGUAAAGUGAUCACAUCUUCAACAGUUGCUGCAAUUCGCUGUCUAAAAUUCACUGUCAGGG